UACCGAUAGUUCGUAUGUAACAUUACCAAUAUUAUCUCAAAAUGGGAAAGAUAACCUUAGAUAUGCUGGCGAAAUCUCCAAGCCAUACAAAGAAAAGAAGAGAUGAAACUGUGCAACAAUACGUGCGGAGGUUGACCCACUUGUAUUUUUCAGAGAAAAACAUCGAUGAAAUUGAUAAUCUUCAUCACUGCCGAAAUCUAUCAGUUCUCUACCUUUAUGACAACAAUAUUGCAAAGAUCAAGAAUCUUGGUUUUGCAACCAGCCUAACACAUUUAUACCUUCAGAAGAAUGAGAUUACUAAAAUAGAGGGACUUGACAAUCUUAGGAGAUUAACAAAGUUGUACCUUGGUUCUAAUUCCAUCACAGUUGUGGAGGGGUUGGAGAAACUUGAAAGUCUUCGUGAGCUUCACAUUGAAAAACAAAAUCUACCUCCUGGUGAAAAGCUUCUCUUUGAGCCAAGAUCACUUGAAGCUCUUUCUAAAUCACUAUGCGUGCUGAAUAUAUCUGAAAACAACAUAGAUUCUGUUGAGGAGCUGAAAUGUCUCAAGAACAUGACGCAGUUUUUCACAGAAAACAACUGCCUCUCAGAUAUGAAGGAGCUUUCAAGAGUUUUUGCAUCUUGGCCAUCACUGUGGAGGUUAGAACUGACUGGAAAUCCUAUUUGUAACAAGAAAAAAUACAAGGACAGAGUCAUUGUUAUGUCCAGGUCAUUAGUUAUGCUUGAUGGCAAGGAAAUCAAUGAGACUGCCAAACGAUUUUUAAUGAACUGGAAAGCCAGCAGAGAUGCAAGAAGGAAACAGAGGAAACAGCUGCACUUCCUUGAAGGGGGAGCAUCAAAUCUCAUAUCGGAUUCAUCAAAUGCAUUUUCAAGUUUACCUUCUCUUCCACCCAUUCAGGGGCUACCAAAUGCUGAAGGGGAAUAUAUGAUAAACCCUGGAGUAAAUCCAUUACUUUAUGAAGGAGUUGUAGCCAGUGGAUCCCAGUCAUUAGCACUACCUAGGGGCACAAAACCAUUUGCAGCUAUAAUGCAAGCAAGAGCUCCAAACUCAACACUUUUAAACAGGAAACCUGCAGAGGAUGUGUCACAAUCAAGGUUUCCAAACAUCUUUGCACCACCACGCCCCAUCAUUUCCGAGUCAAACUGGGACACUGACAGUGAUGUCCACAGUGGACCACCUGUGCCACUACAGACAUAGUGAAUUAUGGACAAUAAAGAUUUCUGAAAAUUCUAUACGUUUUGGUUACAAAAAAGAUAAACACUGUUAUUGGUAACAAAUUGUCGAAGCAACAAAGUGAACACUUAGAGAUAAAAUCUUCAAAACUGUUCUUUUUUUAAUUCAGUUGCCUAAUACAAUAUUAUUAUGAUUAUUAGUUCCAUAAAGGUUUUUAUAUAUGUGUGAAUCAUUAUUGCUAAAUUAUUGCUAUAUUAUUGUAAAGUUUUGUACAUAUAAGUGAAUCAAUUUUGCUAACUUAUAUUGUAGAUUAUUGCUGUAUAACUAGAGCCAUAUUCAAGAUUGUUGCAACCUGCUGUAAACUGUAAAUAAGUUUGUAUAUACAUUGUUGAGUAUUACUUUUACAUUUUAAUAACAGAAUAUAUUUAUUUACUACUCUUAGUGCCAAGAAAAGCACAAGAUUGAGUUUGAGGCUAGAGUUGAAAAGACACCAAUUUUGAUACAUGAUAAAAAAUUAUUUCAAGAGUUUUUACCACUUCUCACUUCCAUCUCACUUGCUGAUUGGGGAAAUAAUUAUAUCUAGUUUUUAUCACACAUUAAUGGAUUUAUGAAGUGUUACUUAAAACUAAAUAUGGUAUUCAAUGUGCUCUAUGCUACUUCAGCUUGUCAAUAGAAGGCAUUUUGUUGGUCAGUUGAUGGGGUAUCAUUUGUUAAUAAAACUUCAGUACGUCAAAAGAAAAUUAUUUGACGAUAAUACAAAGACGUGAAACUCUUCUCUCUGUAAUUUUUUAUUUUAUGGGGCACAAUCACAGAGUUCAAUUCACAGUUAUAUACAAUAUAAAAUUCUUCAAUUUGUAAUAUAAGAAACAGUGAGAGAAAACUUAAAAGGUCUGUUGGGACAGACUAAGAGUGAAAAUAAUUAAAGUUGUUCAGUUGAU